AUGGGCUCGCCCACCGCCUCGACGUCCACGUCGCCCAUCGCGCCGACAGGGGCAGGCGACGAUCCCCCGCGCAAGCCGCCCCGCAAACUCAAGCGCUCCGCCGAUCAACUGCACCGGAACCAAGCCUGCCUGACCUGCCGGCGCCGACGGAUCAAGUGCGAUGCCGCGCGGCCGCACUGCUCCAGCUGUGUGCGCAGCUUCCGGUUCCUGGCACGCACUCAACCCGAUCCGGAACGCGACGCGCGAGGUGUUCAGUGCGUCUUCGAGAACAACGAACCAGAAGAGCCCGAAGAGGAGGAUCCGCGCGCCGCUGUCGCAAAGCUCGAAGCCAGAGUCGCCGAGCUGCAAGGCGAACUCGACCGGUUAACCAGUCGCUCGCCGAGCAUAGCCACCACUCCCGUGUUUGGGCAGACGCAGCCCAUGACGCCCGUCCGUACCGAACGUCACCUCUCCUCGCCCUCCAUCUCGCAACACACCUCCCCACAGAUGCCCCAGCAUCUCUUCGCCCAGCCUCAUCUCUGGCCCAGCAUGGACCUCGACCCCACCAGUCAGCACUUUGGCGCGCCCUCCUACGAUCCCGGCUUCCCCUACGGCGCGACAGGCCUGCCCCCUCUCCAUCCCCACGGCGUGCAGUCGACCAGCGCCACGUCCCCCGUCUCGGCUGGCCCAGACGGCAUGAGCUGGGCAGGGCAAGGCGGCCCAUCCAUGCCUCAAGCCUCCUUCCACAUGCCAGACGGCAACCCGCUCGGACUCGAGCUCGAGACGCAUGUGGGCGACGCCAUGUCCCGCUACGUCGAAAUGUCCAUGGGCAUGGGUGGAGCUGAGAGGCCGACCGACGAGCGUCCGCCCACUGGGCGCUCCGACUAGCCAAUCUGCCCGUCGCUAUCGGGGCACGCGCAGGCGCAUUUCGGGAUCUCGGUGUGGUGCGGGCUCACAACACGGAGAUCAAUGAUCAUGUUCACACAUUCCGUCACCAGCGCAGGGUGGGGGAGAUAUUCAGCAGAGUGGGGAGGCUCGUUUCAACAUCACCUCGGCUAUCGACGGCUGCU